AUGGAGGGGCCCCGGCUUCCUCCCUCCGCCACCACCACCCACCACGAAGCCGACGAUGACAAGCCUGACGAUCCUCCUUCCGUCUGGCACCGUCCAACCUCUAGCCUCCCCUCAUUGCCAUCUCAAGAUCAACCACCGCAACAUUGGCGUAACCAUUCUCUUAAUCUCUCUCCAAUCCUGGCCACACCUCCUUCAUCUCUUCCUCCUCCGGAUUCAAUCCCUGAGCUAGAGACUUACGUUGUCCAGGUACCGAGAGAUCAAGUCUAUUGGACACCACCUCCGGAAAACGCAAAAUAUGUCCAAAAACGCCAAAAUAAGCCGGAGAAAAACAAAAAGAAUUGGUGUUCUAAACGUCUUAUGUGGAUCUUCAUCAUCUUGAUCGCUUUCGGAUUAAUCCUCGGUGCAAUCACUCUCACCCUCCAUUAUGUUUUCAAACCAACUCUUCCAGUUUUUGCUAUCGAGAAAAUCUCUGUACAACCUAGUAAUUUCGAGGUCACAUUGAGAGCCAAGAAUCCAACGUCUAACAUGGGGGUAAUCUAUAUGAUGAAAAAAGACGAAAUCGUUUCCUUGACCUACAAGCUCAAGAGACUGGGACGCGGGAUAUUCCCGAGGCUGUCCCAGGCCGCGUCUGGAUCCAACAAGGUCACUCUAAAGCUCGAUGGUUCAACCAAGAACGCAGUUAUGCCACCUCGGGGUUCGAAACAACCAAUAAGUUUGGUGCUGGCGAUGGAGCUGAAUGCAGUGUACGAAGCAGGACCGGUGAAAAAGAAUAAGGAUGUGGUGGUGACUUGUGAUGUUAACGUUAAGGGAUUAUUAGAUGCGAAGAAGGUCGAGAUUGUUUCGGAGAAAUGUAAGAGUGAGUUCAAGAACUGA